GGUGGGGCUGGAUGUUCUUGGAGUCAGGGAGCAGCAGCCUCCCACAGGAUGUGAGAGAGGAACUGGGGUCUCCAGUCACGGGAGCCAGGAGCCGGCCAGGGCCGCAGGCAGGAAGGGAGCGAGGCUGAAGGGAACGUCGUCCUCUCAGCAUGAGGGUCCCGCGGCCUCAGCCCUGGGCGCUGGGGCUCCUGCUCUUUCUCCUGCCCGGGAGCCUGGGCGCAGAAAGCCACCUCUCCCUCCUGUACCACCUCACCGCGGUGUCCUCGCCUGCCCCGGGGACGCCUGCCUUCUGGGUGUCCGGCUGGCUGGGCCCGCAGCAGUACCUGAGCUACGACAGCCUGAGGGGCCAGGCGGAGCCCUGUGGAGCUUGGGUCUGGGAAAACCAAGUGUCCUGGUAUUGGGAGAAAGAGACCACAGAUCUGAGGAUCAAGGAGAAGCUCUUUCUGGAAGCUUUCAAAGCUUUGGGGGGAAAAGGCCCCUACACUCUGCAGGGCCUGCUGGGCUGUGAACUGAGCCCUGACAACACCUCGGUGCCCACCGCCAAGUUCGCCCUGAACGGCGAGGAGUUCAUGAAUUUCGACCUCAAGCAGGGCACCUGGGGUGGGGACUGGCCCGAGGCCCUGGCUAUCAGUCAGCGGUGGCAGCAGCAGGACAAGGCGGCCAACAAGGAGCUCACCUUCCUGCUAUUCUCUUGCCCACACCGGCUGCGGGAGCACCUGGAGAGAGGCCGUGGAAACCUGGAGUGGAAGGAGCCCCCCUCCAUGCGCCUGAAGGCCCGACCCGGCAACCCUGGCUUUUCCGUGCUUACCUGCAGCGCCUUCUCCUUCUACCCUCCGGAACUGCAACUGCGGUUCCUGCGGAAUGGGAUGGCCGCUGGCACCGGACAGGGCGACUUCGGCCCCAACAGUGACGGCUCCUUCCACGCCUCGUCGUCACUAACAGUCAAAAGUGGCGAUGAGCACCACUACUGCUGCAUCGUGCAGCACGCGGGGCUGGCGCAGCCCCUCAGGGUGGAGCUGGAAACUCCAGCCAAGUCCUCGGUGCUCGUGGUGGGAAUCGUCAUCGGUGUCUUGCUACUCACGGCAGCGGCUGUAGGAGGAGCUCUGUUGUGGAGAAGGAUGAGGAGUGGGCUGCCAGCCCCUUGGAUCUCCCUCCGUGGAGAUGACACCGGGUCCCUCCUGCCCACCCCGGGGGAGGCCCAGGAUGCUGAUUCGAAGGAUAUAAAUGUGAUCCCAGCCACUGCCUGACCAUCUGCCAUUCCGACUGCUAAAAGCGAAUGUAGUCAGGCCCCUUUCAUGCUGUGAGACCUCCUGGAACACUGGCAUCUCUGAGCCUCCAGAAGGGGUCCUGGGCCCUGUUGUCCUCCCUCUGGAGCCCCGUCCUGUGGUCUGCCUCAGUUUCCCCUCCUAAUACAUAUGGCUCUUUUCCACCUCGAUAAUAUAACACGAGUUUGGGCCCG